GCGAUCGACAAUGCUUUCGUCUUCGCUCCUCUUUGCCCUCCUCCUCCUCCUGGUGCUCCUCGGCACCAAGCGAGCCUUCUCCAAGAAGCGACGGCUUCCGCCUUCUCCGCCCAAGCUGCCGCUGCUCGGCCACCUCCUCCAGCUCGGCUCCCUCCCUCAUCGCUCCCUCUCCGCCCUCUCCGAGAAGCAUGGACCGCUCAUGCUGCUGCAUUUCGGCCAUGUCCCCACCCUCGUGGUCUCGUCGGCCGACAUGGCCGAAGAGGUCAUGAGAACUCAUGACACCUCCUUCGCCAGUCGGCCGGACCUGAAGCCGGUCAGAACCAUACUCUACGAUACCCAUGACGUGGGUUUCGCCCCCUUUGGCGACUACUGGAGACACACCAGGAAGCUCUGCACCAUCCACCUCCUGAGUGGCAAAAGGGUGAAGUCGUAUCGGGCUCUGCGACAGGAGGAGGUGGCCUUCAUGAUGCAAAAGAUCUCUCGGGCCUCUCUUUCCUCGACGUCCGGCUUCAUCGACAUGUCCAAGGUGAUCAACUCUUUCGUCACUGAUAUCGUCGGCAGAGUCGUCUCAGGGACAAGCUUCAGAGCCGCCGAUAGAUGUCAGCUAUUCAGCAAACUGAUCGACGACAACGGCGUCGCGUUCCGUGAGCUCUGCGUCGGGGAACUCUUCCCCUCGUUGGGAUUCUUAGAUGGAAUCCUCGGGUUGAACCCUACCGCCAAAAAGGUCGCCAAGGAAUGGGAUGUUGCUCUGAAUGAGAUGAUCCAGGAUCAUGUCGAACGACUCAACAGGGAUGAGGUGCAGGAGAGGGAUUUCGUGGAUGAGUUGCUUGAUGUGGUUGACAAGCCUGAGAAGGACUUUUGCCUGACCAUGAAGCAGAUGAAGGCGAUCUUGUGGGAUAUGUUUUCUGCUGGCGUCGAAGCAUCCUUCACUGCCCUCGAGUGGGCCAUGGCAGAGCUCGUUCGACACCCAGAGACCCUGAAGAAGCUACAGGACGAGGUGAGAGGAUUAGCUGCAGGGAAAGACAUGGUCAAAGAAGACGAGACGCACGAUAUGGUCUACCUGAAGGCGGUCCUCAAGGAAGUCCUACGGGUGCAUCCUCCCACUCCAUUGUUGCUUCCGCGAGAAUCCAUCGAGGACUGCCAGAUCCAAGGCUACCACAUCCCCAAGAAAACAAGAGUUCUGAUCAACGCGUGGGCAAUCAGCAGAGACCCGAAACACUGGGACGCACCCGAAGAGUUCCGGCCCGAGAGGUUCAUGAGCAGCGACCUGGACUUCAAAGGAAAGAACUUCGACUUCACACCGUUCGGUUCAGGAAGAAGGAUUUGCCCGGGAAUGCAGCUCGCGGUGGCCACCUUGGAGGUCGCACUGGCAAACCUUGUUCAUCAGUUUGACUGGGAGCUUCCCCUCGGCAUGACCAGAGAUGAGUUCGAUAUGACGGAGAGUCCCGGGCUAACAGCACGCAAGAAGGAGCCACUUCACCUGGUGGCAAAACCUUGGGGGCAAAUACCAUUAGAAUGACACUGUUCUUCUUCUUGUUCACGUUGGUAAUAAUAGCCUCAGCGAUCAUCCCCAUAUGUUACGAUACUGUGGGAUGUACGACUGAAUAGCGACUAUGAGAUUCUAUAUUCACGUAUGUAAUCAUGAUUGAUGAUUAUAAUGGAAUAAACCUUAUCCUCCACCACUGUCAUCGAUGUCACAGUAUGUGCCACCAACACAAGAAAGGUGGUAU